AUGCAACAACUUCACUGCCCUAGGGAUGAAUUUAUUCUUGUUCCACAUAAUGGAAAAAGCGAUGUUUGGACUAAAUUUCAAAUUGUUAUGCACAAUAUAACAAGGUCUGAUGAUCCCAAUUCACCUAAUCACACUGACACUGAUUUUGUUGCUUGCCCCUCAUGUAAGGAACUCUAUGGUAAAAAAACGUGUGCAGCUACUCUCAAACGUCAUAAAUGCACAAAAAGUAUAAACCAGAACACUAUAGAAAUAUACAGAGAUCUAACAAAUAAAAAACGCAAAAUGAUGCCAUCACGGGUAAAAGAUGAAGCCGUUGAAAAAUGUUAA